CCCACUCUCCACAUCCAUAUAUCGACACCAAACACUUCACCCUCCACUUUAGAAACCACCAAACAACCCACCUACAAUCCUCUUCAAUGGCUUCCUCCGCCGCCACGAUGGCGCUCUCCUCCCCCGCGCUCGCUGGCACUCCGGUGAAGCUGUCCCCCUCCCCGGCCUCAGGCGUCUUCAGCGAGGGCCGCGUCGCCAUGCGCAAGACGGGCGCCAAGCCCAGGAGCGUCUCCGGGGGCAGCCCCUGGUACGGCCCGGACCGCGUCAAGUACCUCGGCCCCUUCUCCGGCGAGCCCCCCUCCUACCUCACCGGCGAGUUCCCCGGCGACUACGGGUGGGACACCGCGGGGCUCUCCGCCGACCCCGAGACCUUCGCCAAGAACCGCGAGCUCGAGGUCAUCCACUGCAGGUGGGCGAUGCUGGGCGCCCUCGGGUGCGUGUUUCCGGAGCUGCUGGCGCGCAACGGGGUGAAGUUCGGGGAGGCGGUGUGGUUCAAGGCCGGGGCGCAGAUCUUCAGCGAGGGCGGUCUGGACUACCUGGGCAACCCCAGCUUGAUCCACGCGCAGAGCAUCCUGGCCAUCUGGGCGUGCCAGGUGAUCCUCAUGGGUGCCGUCGAGGGGUACCGCGUGGCCGGGGGGCCGCUGGGCGAGGUGACCGAUCCGCUCUACCCCGGCGGCAGCUUCGACCCGCUGGGGCUGGCCGACGAUCCGGAGGCGUUCGCAGAAUUGAAGGUGAAGGAGAUCAAGAACGGCCGGCUGGCGAUGUUCUCCAUGUUCGGGUUCUUCGUGCAGGCCAUCGUGACUGGCAAGGGCCCGAUCGAGAACCUCGCCGACCACCUCGCCGACCCCGUCAACAACAACGCCUGGGCCUACGCCACCAACUUCGUCCCCGGCAAGUGAUCACUCCGGCGAGCUCUAGUAUGAGUGCUGCAUGCAGUUGAUUCGAUUCGAUCCGAUCCCGGUGCAGGUCUAUAUAUGGAUGAUGUGUCUGUUCGUUAAUUGUCGGUGCAUGUACAAUUGGAGGAUUCGGAGAGUGGCGCGUGUUUGAGAUCGAUGGUGUGGUUGGUUUAUCUUGUACAAUGAUAGAUCAUGUACAUUAAUUAAAUUGAUGCGAAUUAAGAUUCGGAUUUGCAUGUUUAAAUCUAAA